GUGCCAAAUCAAUCAUAUUUCUUUGGGAGUGCUUGAGUUGAUGAUUGUGAUCUCAUUCAUUGUUUUUUGGCCCAUUACUGAUUUUAUAAUAAAAUACUGUGUUUUAAAUGUUGUGUAAAUGACUACAAAAUCCAACAAAAUGCCGUCUGCGACGAAAGACUCGACAAUAUUAAAGAUAGCUGUGGAAAUGCUUAAUGCACCCGAGACUCAGGACAAGGUGCCACUGUUGAUCGAAUUCGACCAAAGUCAACCUUUAUCCAGCAUUAUUCAAGUCCAGCUCUGUAAACCUUGGGGCUUACCAGAUCCUGAGAACUACGCCUUGCAGUUCUCUGAAAGUAAUAAUCGGAACUACAUAACGGAAAAGAAUCGUAACGAAAUCAAGAAUGGGCUAGUUCUGAGGCUCGAGCUGUCUCCUGCUCGGACUGUACAAGAAAUACUUGGCAAAAUUAACUCUGGAACUGAAGUUGAAAAACUGGCAGCCCUAGAAAAACUGUCUAUACUGAGCAGUGAUCUUACUUUUGCCCUUGAGUUCAUAAACAAGAAAGGGCUGUCCCUUAUAAUCCAAAACAUUGAAUCGGGCAAGUUUUCCGGGAACUGCUUGAAAUUCGCAUUGGUCACCUUCGUAGAACUCAUGGAUCAUGGAAUUAUAUCUUGGGACAUACUGGAAAAUCCAUUUAUCAGUAAAGUGGCCAGUUUUAUUAACAAUUUAGCAAAUGCUCAGGACCCAAAAGUUAUUCAGUCCAGUCUUUCAAUUCUGGAAAACAUUGUACUAAACAGUUCAGGGAAGAACUUGCAAGUUGAGAAUGAGAUAACUAUACCCAACCUGGUGUCACACCUGCAGAACUCAUACCAGGACAGUGUCAUACAACAGAAUGCUAUUGCUCUUAUUAAUGCUAUUUUUUCUAAGGCAGAUGUGACUAAAAGAAAAACUAUUGCUGCUACCUUAUCAAGCAAACAAGUUCGUAAUGUGAUCUAUGACAACUUGAUAGCUAUGAGUGAAUUUUCAAGGAAUGCUCCUAAAGAGGGUGUAGGUACUGAGCUGGCUCAUCAACUGUAUGUUCUGCAGACACUGACCCUGGGACUGCUGGAACCAAGAAUGAAACAAAGAGCUGACUCUCAGGAACAAGAAUCACAGGAGAAAAUUAAAGAACUCAGAAGAAUUGCUUUUGAAAAUGAUGGAGCCUCAGCUAUGGAAGUGAAUGCACGGCGACAACUUAGCUUUUCCAAAGACAAUACCAAAAAACUAGGAUUCAAAUGUGAAAUUGAUCCAAUGAAAGAUUUUAAUGAGACUCCUCCUGGCAUAUUAGCUCUUGAUUGUAUGCUAUAUUUCUCUAGAAAUUAUCAGGAAGACUAUACAAAGAUUGUUUUAGAAAACAGUUGCAGAGCAGAUGAGCAUGAAUGUCCAUUUGGUAAAACAAGUGUAGAACUAGUGAAGCUGCUGUGUGACAUCCUGCACAUUGGAGAGCCGCCCAGCGAGCAGGGGCAGAGCUACCAUCCACUGUUCUUCACUAAUGAUAGACCUUUUGAAGAACUCUUCUGUGUCUGCAUUGUGCUACUCAACAAGACAUGGAAGGAAAUGAGGGCCACAACGGAAGACUUCAUCAAAGUAUUCAGUGUAGUCAGGGAACAGAUAAGUAGGGCCCUGUCAUCUUCACCUAACAGCUUUGAAAAAUUUCGCCAAAAAAUCAAUCAGUUGACUUAUUCAGAGAUUACACAAAUCUGGCAACAAGAGAGGACUAAUAGAGAAGUUUGGGAAUCUCAUGCCCGUCCUAUUGUAGAACUGAAGGAGAAAAUCACCCCUGAAAUAAUUGAACUGAUCCAGCAGCAAAGAUUGGGUGUCUUGGUUGGUGGCACAAGAUUCAAGAAGUAUUCCUCUAGAGGUCAACGGAUUAAAGAAAAGUUUUGGUUUGUUCGUCUUUCUCCCAACCACAAAGUUCUUCACUAUGGUGAUUGUGAUGAAAAAAGCACACCAAGUAUAGAAGAACUUGGAAACAAGAUACCUGUGGCAGAUAUAAAGUGUCUCAUAGUGGGUAAAGAUUGUCCCCACAUGAAAGAUCUUAGAGGAAGAAAAAUCACACCACAGCUGGCAUUUUCUCUCAUCUUGAAAUCAGAUAGUGUAACUUCCUUGGAUUUCAUGGCGCCAGAUGAACAAAUCUAUGACUAUUGGACCGAUGGUAUUAAUGCCCUGCUUAAUGAAAAAAUGGUAAGCAAAAACUUUGAAAAUGACUUAGAGACUCUGCUGUCUAUGGACAUCAAGGUCAGACUGCUAGAUGCAGAAGGUAUCGACAUUCCAAAGGAUCCCCCACCAAUUCCAGAUGAACCCGAAGAUUAUGACUUUUAUUAUGAUAAUAAUUAAGUGUAACUCAUUCUCAGUAUGUUAUUAGGCUUAUAAAUGUGUAUGUUCUAGAAUAGGACCCAAGGAACUAUACUACUUCUUGAUAGUAUAUGUAUUCCACAUUAUUGAAUUAUUGUAAAAGAAAUCCUGAAUUAAUACUUAUUUUUAAGAUAGGUUAAGGUAAUAAUAUUGUAUUUUUUAAAUCUGAACAAUGCACAAGGUUUCAGUGAGAUUUAUAAAUGAAUGAUUUUCAGUAUUUUCAAAUUAAACAAAUUAAUGAGAGUAAGUAAUAGUUUAGGAUAUAUUUUGUUUUGUAUUUUAGGCGUACAAGUAAAUCAAUUUUAAUCAAACAUGAUACAAAAGACUGGCACUGUGUCAAAUAAUUUUAAUGUCUUGACAAUAUAAUAGAAAAGAAACUUCCAAUAUUUAUAUCUCACAUUGAGAAAAAGAUUCCAAAUAGUUAAACAUCAAAUAAAUAUUGCUGCUGCGACAUUUUACGGCUUACCAAGCUAAAAAUGAAAUAACUAGGUACCUACCUACUUAACUUAUUAUUAUAGUUUUGUAAGUAAUACUCAAGUACUCACCAUGUUUAUUUCUUAUAAUCUUUAAAAUUUGGUGUUAUAUUUCUUACCAAUACUUAUUCAUUUCAUAAAUUACUAUUUUAGCAAAUCAUAUUAUACGCAUAUUUUUGUAUACCAAAGAAAUAAUGCAAUACAAACUGAGUGUAAUAAAUUUUACUUAUCAUAAA